GUGCGUUGCACAAAAAUCCACUUAUAAAUAAAACCGGCUAAAGGUAUUCUUCUAUAGACCGAGGGUAUUUUUUUGUGGAUUGUGUCUUGAAACAUAAAAGGAAAAUGGAGACAUUGUACCAUCAAACAAAUAAGCAAAUCCAGGAGGUGCAGUCGCUCAUGGGACGCCUGGAGAACACAGAACGUCAGUCUGUCCACUUGUUGGAGAACGAUCUGCAGGCCAGAAUCGACCAGAUCUUCAGCCAUUUCGAACGUCUGGAAAUCCUGGCUGGCAAAGAACCGCCAAACCGCCGUCAGAACGUCAAACUGCGGGUAGACCAGCUGAAGUAUGAUGUUCAGCACCUCCAGACGGCGCUGAGGAACUUCCAGCACCGUCGCUACUCACGAGAGACCCAGGACCGAGAGAGGGAGGAGCUCAUGAGUCGUACCUUCACCACCAACGAUGCAGACACCUCCAUCCCCAUAGACGAGACGUUGCAGUUAAACUCCAACCUGAACAACGCACACAGAGGCAUGGACGACCUCCUGGGCAGCGGCAGCAGCAUCCUCACAGGACUCCGGGACCAGAGGGACACGCUCAAGGGGACCCACAAGAAGAUGCUGGAUGUGGCCAACAUGCUGGGUCUGUCCAACACGGUGAUGAGGCUGAUCGAGAAGAGGGCCACCCAGGAUAAGUUCAUCAUGAUUGGAGGGAUGCUGCUCACCUGUGUGGUCAUGUUCCUGGUGGUCAAGUACCUGGGCUGACCAUGACCGCGUCUGCAACCACAGUUUUGCGUUGGUCUUGGACAUUUUUGCACAGUAAGCCCAUAAGAUACGUGAACGGAGAUAAAAUAGGAUCGUCUUCAAAUCGGAGAGCUCCUUGAAAGUUUUGGUUCCGAUCGGAAGGCGAGGAAUUAUCCGUCUUUUAAUUUCCAUGGGUUUUGUCACCCACUUCUAUUUCAACCACUCUUUGUUUGCACCAGUAAAAUGGGUGCUAAGCAAGACCUAAACUCAGAGUAUACAAAACAUUAAGGACGCCUUCCUAAUGUUGAGUUGCACCUUUUGCCUUCAGAACAGCCUCAAUUCAUCUGGGCAUGGACACUACAAGGUAUUGAAAGCAUUCCACAGGGAUGCUGGCCCAUGUUGAUUCCAAUGCUUCCCACAGUUGUCAAGCUGGCUAGAUGUCCUUUAGGCGGUGGACCAAUAGUGAUACACAUGGGAAACUGUUGUGUGAAAAGCCCAGCAGCAUUGCAGUUCGACACAAACCGGUGCGCCUGGCACCUACUACCAUACCCUGUUCAAAGGAACUUUUCUGUCUUGCCCAUUCACCCUAUGAAUGACACACAUACACAAUCCAUGUCUCAAGGCUUACAUUUAAAAAAAAAAAAACAUAUCCUCCAUGUAUAGUGCUUGAAGUGAAUUUAGCAAGUGACAUCAAUAAGGGAUCAUAGCUUUCACCUGGUCGGUCUGUUAUGGAAAGAGCAGGUGUCCUUAAAGUAUAGACACUGAGUGCAAAACGUUAAUUUGACUUCAAACUGAACGUGGAACCUUGCAACCACAAUUCCAGCUCACUGACACCUGCCGGUCAUCCACCUGCCAGCCUCUGUGUGAAGCACAUUUCAAUGUGACUGGUCACCUUUUUUUCAAACCAAUUCUCCACUUGCUUGCCUUAGUCUCCCCUAUAAUGAGUUCUCCGUUACCUUGUGGAUGGCAUCCAAUUGUGGUCUCAUCUAAACCAUCUAUUUGGCAGCAAACAGUAAAAUGAUGCUUCAUUGUUUCCAAAUUAGGAUGAUUCUGGAAAUGGAUAUAAAGCUGUUGUUUUACCUUACCUCAUCACACUGCCUGGAGAAUACUUAUGUCAGAUGAAUCAAUACAUGUAUUUAGUCCAGGGAGGAAGAGGGCAGUUAACAGGGACCUGUGCCCAAGAUACAGACCGAUAAUGAGAACGAAACGUGUUUUGUGAAACUAUCUGAACAAAGUGUAUUGUUGUCACACUUUCAAAAUGUAAAUUAUCUGGACAUUUUCUUGGCCCUAGUCUCACUAUGUUAGUGCAACCAAGGUUCAAAUUGUAAUUCUCUGGAGAUAAGUUUUUAAAAAUUGUCUUAAUCUGUCUCUGAAGUGUACAUCAUUGUCCAUGGAAUCUAGCAAUUGAAUUAGGUAUGGGUCAAAUCUAACAAUGGACAUAAAGCAUAGUUUAAAUAAAUCUCUCACUGAUGUCAAACUGUCAUAUAAUAUGGAGUUUACAUUUACAACAGUAAAACGAUUGUUUGAAACACGAUUAUUUUCAAGACUAGUACUUGAGGGUCCCUAGUCUGGGGACCUAUCCGGACUGUGCAUAGGAACCCCUACCAUCACAUCUGACAUGUUAGUGAUUUAGCAGACACGCUUAUUCAGAGCCACUGACAGUACUGAGUGCAUACAUUUAGUUCAAAUACAAUCCUGGGAGACCAAUAAGCAUGGAAUGUUCCAGCAGGUAGAUGAGAAACUAUGGAUAAAGUUUUACGCUGAAAUUAGAAAGUCUGACUCCUGGUCUUGUUCAGCUAGCUGUGAGACUACAUAAAACGGAGCUCUGGCGCCAUCUAGUGACAGCUCAGCAUUCCAUAACCAGAGGAGAGGCAAAGCAAUGUAAAAAUCCUCUAGCCUCAUUAGCCUAGCAGACUUGUCCUCCAUUCUAAAAAGGGCUGCAUGCAAUAUGCUGAGAAUGAGAAAUUCCCUUCCCAUUGCAGUUUCAGAAGCCGUUUACCACAGUAAGUAAAGAACGCAUGUCUGUGCUGGUAUGUUACUAUAUGUAAUCUGCCUAUAAUGUACCAUACUGGACAUUUAUCUUUGUGUUGCUCGCAACCCUUACUCCAUACCACUGCAGACUACUCACUCUUCACCAGACAAACAAAGUUAAGACAGACAUGUAGCAACUCAAAACUCUUUAUUUGCUGACGCAUUAUAUUUAAAAAAGACAUACCAUUGCUGCCACUUACAAGGCAGUGCCAUUACCCAAUCCUCCCCAUACAGGAUAAUAGUUCAGAAAAUGCCUCUAAAGUAUUCUUGUCCAUCUUCAUUCCUUCAGUUCUUUUAUUUAUUUUUUACAGUAGCAACAAACCCCUAGAAUGUUAGUGGGGUUAACUACAAACAAUUUUAUUUACAUUGAGCAAAAAUUACACAAGAGGAAAAACAUCUUUUUGAGGAGCAUUUUGGAAAAUAAUUUAGAAAUAAAACAAAAAUAAUAAUUAUUGCAGUAUACUACAAUCAUACAUUUGUUACAUGAUGCGAAAGCAGCAUCUUGAUGUACAGAUUUCAGUGCAAGUCAUUUCGAUAUACAACCACUACCACUUGGAACAACAUGACCUUUAACCCUACAGCACUAAGAGGCUAUGACCCCCCCCACAGUACCUCCAAUAAAACUUGAGCUUCACCCAACCUCUUAUCGGUGUUCCCCCACCAGUGACCAUUUUAAUUUCCUUAUGGGCAACAUUUCAUUAGUCAGUAAUAAAGAACAUCCCUUAAAUGCCCAUCAUAUUAGAGGGAUACUUCACAUUGCUCAGUGAUCUAUGUACACUAUACUGUAUUACAAAUUGUUGGUGAAUAUUACGGGUCAUGAAGAGAGCAAGUAGUCGUGAGAAAAUGAGAUAUUAAUGACAACAGAAUUCAGGCAGUAGACUAGAGCCACCAGAUUACAUUACAAAGUCAAGGCUGUUUCCAGUCAUGGAUGUCACCCUAAACCCCCUCUUGUCCUCACCUCCCCUUUCCUUUCCCACAACACCAUCCUGCUUAUGGCUUCAGCCACUGUGUCUCUUUGGCUGUAAAAACAAA